GGUCGUUUCUUUUCGUGCCAUGGAUGUCUUAUUCGGAGUUAUUUCUGCAGAAGUUUGAACAUUGGAGAGGUUUCUGGUGACAAAAUGAGGCAAGCAUUAUUGUUGUAUUUGAUUUGUGGAGUUCUAGCUUGCUUUAGCCUUUUGCCAGUGAAAGCAGAGGACCCUUACAGAUACUAUACAUGGACUGUAACUUAUGGAACUAUUUAUCCUCUUGGUGUCCCUCAAUAGGGUAUUCUCAUCAAUGGCCAAUUUCCUGGUCCUAGACUUGAUAUUCUGACCAACAAUAACAUAAUCCUCAACCUCAUUAAUGAGCUGGACCAGCCUUUCUUAUUGACAUGGAAUGGUAUUAAGCAGAGGAAGAACUCCUGGCAAGAUGGAGUGCUUGGGACCAACUGCCCUAUUCCUGCGAACUCAAAUUACACAUACAAGUUCCAACCAAAAGAUCAAAUUGGAACCUACACUUAUUUCCCAUCAACUCUAAUGCACAAAGCUGCUGGUGGCUUUGGAGGGUUGAAUGUCUAUGUAAUUUCAGUCCUAUACCCUGCCCCUGCUGGUGAUUUCACUUUGCUUAUUGGCGAUUGGCACAAGACCAACCGCAAGAACUUACAACAAUUGCUAGACUCAGGGAAAACUCUUCCUUUCCUUGAUGCCAUUCUUAUAAAUGGCCAAGCUCAUUCUACCUUCAGUGGUGAUCAAGGUAAAACCUACAUGUUCAGGAUCUCCAAUGUGGGCCUGUCAACCUCCUUCAACUUCAGGAUUCAGGGACACACAAUGAAGCUGGUUGAGGUUGAAGAAUCUCACACCUUGCAAAGCAUGUAUGAUUCUCUUGGUGUACAUGUUGGCCAAUCUCGUAUUUUCUUAUCUGUGCUUGUACUUUGA